CGCUGUAGCGCAUCUAUUAUACUGCCUUGCCGAGGAUAAAAAGAAGAGCAACUGGAGGGACUGUAAGGCAAACGUUGCUGGAGCUGCCGGGGCAAAUCUGCUCUAGGUUGUAUGGUUGCACCCUGGCAAUGGGAUGUCAGUCCCAUUCAGGGAGCAUAAAGGAAGAGAGAACAUCUCCCCGCAGUGACAGCGAGUGAGAGCCCAGCAGGAAGAUGUCGACGGUCACGUCAGCAAUCCAGGCUCCUCAGGGCCCUGUCAACCCUCCACCUCCAGAGGUGACCAACCCCAACAAACCUGGCAGAAAAACCAACCAACUGCAAUAUAUGCAAAAUGUGGUGGUGAAGACCUUGUGGAAGCAUCAGUUUGCUUGGCCUUUCUACCAGCCUGUGGAUGCAAUUAAACUGAAUUUGCCGGAUUAUCACAAAAUAAUAAAGAACCCCAUGGACAUGGGCACCAUCAAGAAGCGCCUGGAGCACAACUAUUACUGGAGUGCCAGUGAAUGUAUGCAGGAUUUCAACACCAUGUUUACAAACUGUUACAUUUAUAACAAGCCCACAGAUGACAUUGUCCUCAUGGCCCAAGCCCUGGAGAAGAUAUUUCUGCAGAAGGUUGCCCAGAUGCCCCAGGAGGAGGUGGAAUUGCUGCCCCCAGUUCCUAAAGGCAAAGGUCGCAAACCCUCAGCGGGCAGCCAGAGCACAGGAGCUCAGCAAGCCGUGGCCGUGUCUUCCGUGUCCCCGCCGGCCCCGUUCCAGAGCGUCCCUCCAGCCGUGUCUCAGACUCCUGUCAUCGCUGCCACCCCCGUGCCAACCAUCACCGCCAAUGUCCCCCCUGUCGCCGCCCCCGCCGCCGCCGCCCCGCCGCCUCCUGCCGCUCCGAUCAUGCCCGUGGUGCCUCCCACGCCCCCGGUUGUCAAGAAAAAGGGAGUGAAGCGGAAAGCAGACACCACCACCCCCACCACCUCUGCCAUCACCGCCAGCAGGAGCGAGUCCCCCACGCCGCUGUCGGACCCCAAACAGGCCAAAAUCAUCGCGCGCAGGGAGAGCGGCGGCCGCCCCAUCAAACCACCAAAGAAGGACCUGGAGGAUGGAGAGGUCCCUCAGCACGCAGGGAAGAAGGGCAAACUCUCUGAGCACCUCAAGUACUGUGACAGCAUCCUCAAGGAGAUGCUCUCCAAGAAGCACGCGGCCUACGCGUGGCCCUUUUACAAGCCCGUGGAUGCGGAGGCCUUGGAGUUACAUGACUAUCACGAUAUUAUCAAACACCCCAUGGAUCUCAGUACUGUGAAAAAGAAGAUGGACAGUCGGGAGUACCAGGAUGCACAAGGUUUUGCAGCUGACAUUCGGUUAAUGUUCUCUAAUUGUUACAAGUACAAUCCUCCAGACCACGAGGUGGUGGCCAUGGCCAGGAAGCUCCAGGAUGUCUUUGAGAUGAGGUUUGCAAAAAUGCCUGAUGAGCCUGCAGAGGCCCCCCCUCCACCUCCCCCAACAGCCCCAGUGGUGAGCAAAAGCACAGAGAGCAGCCACAGCAGCGAGGAGAGCUCCUCCGACUCCGACAGCUCUGACUCGGAGGAGGAGCGCGCGACUCGGCUGGCCGAGCUCCAGGAGCAGCUGAAAGCCGUCCAUGAGCAGCUGGCUGCACUGUCCCAAGCGCCAGUGAACAAACCAAAGAAAAAAAAAGAGAAGAAGGAGAAAGAGAAGAAAAAGAAAGAUAAAGAGAAGGAGAAAGAAAAGCACAAAGUCAAAGCUGAGGAGGACAAGAAACCCAAGGUGGCUCAACCACCAAAACAAGCCCAACAGAAGAAAGCCCCAGCUAAGAAAGCGAACAGCACAACCACAGCUAACAGGCAGCCCAAGAAAGGAGGCAAACAGGCUUCUGCAAGCUACGACUCGGAUGAGGAGGAGGAAGGGCUGCCCAUGACCUACGAUGAGAAACGGCAGCUCAGCCUGGACAUCAACCGCCUGCCCGGGGAGAAGCUGGGCAGGGUGGUUCACAUCAUCCAGUCCAGGGAACCUUCCCUCAGAGACUCCAAUCCCGACGAGAUUGAAAUAGAUUUUGAAACCUUGAAGCCCACAACGUUACGAGAACUGGAGAGAUACGUGAAAUCUUGUUUACAGAAAAAACAAAGGAAACCGUUUUCUGCCAGUGGCAAAAAGCAAGCAGCAAAGUCAAAAGAAGAGUUAGCUCAGGAAAAGAAGAAAGAACUAGAAAAACGGUUACAGGACGUCAGUGGGCAGCUAAACAACAACAAGAAGCCUGCAAAGAAAGAGAAAUCCGGCUCCACUCCCUCCGGAGGCCCCUCCCGGCUCAGCAGCAGCUCCUCCUCCGAGUCGGGCAGCUCCAGCUCCAGCGGCUCCAGCUCGGACAGCAGCGACUCGGAAUGAGCUGGGACACACGGACACAACCCCCAAACGGACACCCCCAACCCCCCCAGCUCUGCAGUGUCCCCUCCCCUGCUCCCCCCACCCUGCUGGUCACGUUUUAUCCCUUCUUUUACUCUGACUUGUUUUUUAUUUUAUUUUUUAACUCAGUGUUACAAAAGGUAUCUUCCUUUUUUUUUUUUUUUUUUUUUGGGGGGGGGGUCUCUUUUAAUAGGUCAAAGAUCUUUGAGUGUGUGUGUGUGACUAGACUUUAUGACAAAUAGUUCCCUUUGCAUAAAGUCUCUAAAAUUUACAUUUAUCUGGAGAAAUUUGGUCGUAAAUGGAAGAACUUUGAGCUCUUAGCAGGAGAUAAAUAGAAAAUUCUGCAAGGUUUGUAGUACAUUUCCCUCCCAGCCCUUCCCUCUCCCCAGAAUAUUCUCUUUUAAUAAGCCUGCCUGGCUCACACAAGGUAAAAACCAUCUUUUUUUAAAGAAAUCUCUGUAAAAUGGUACUGUAUCUGAAAGAUGUUAGCUUUUGAACUAGUUGGUGUAUUUGUUAUUAGCACUAGUAUUCUUAAUCUCCAAGUCUACAGUGUGAUGAAAAUGUCAGAUGCUAUCAUCUUUUUACAUAAAAGCAACAAAAAAAAAUCCAAAAAAAAUUCUCAUGUACUGUGGAUUGCUAACAUGCUUUUUUUAUUUAAUCUUGGUAGAGGCAUAGGCACCUGUUCAGGAAGGUCUUGAAGCAUGAAUUUAACUUUUAAGCACACAAGCAAUACAAGUGGUUGCAUUUCUUGGUUUUCCACUCAAAAACUUCACUUUUCCUGGGCAUUCAUUGGGGAAAAAGGGAGCAAGGGACACACUCAAGUUUCUUGGGAAUGUUAUUUUUACCAUGAAAUAGAUAAUUUCCAGGAAAUGGAAUUGAAAAGAGGUUUUUUUUUUUUGGCUGGGAGUUGUCAGCUGGAGCCUGGAGUGAUCCCUGCAGUGAGCAGAAGUCAUGUGCCCAUUACUGGGCACAUCUUGGGCAUUUCCUCCAUGCCCAACACCUCAGGCUGGGCUUAAAAUAAAGCAGCACUUGAGCUCCAGCUGAGGCUGAGCUGGCAGGGGAAGUGGAGAGGGGUUUUGUGUGUGUUUGGGCUUUUUGCUUUUGAGUUUGCUUUGUUUUUUUUUCCCUUCUCCUCAUUCACAGGGGAUGCUCCUCCUGUGUCAGGCAGGGUUCAGUUCCAGGCACUGAAAUGUUUUACCUCAAUGCAAAGAAGAAAAAGGGGAGGGAGAAAAAAAAAAAAGCUGAUUUUUUUUUUAAAGCUUGCUGUUUUUUUUGACCUGCACUGCUGCAAUACACCCUGGUUUCAGUCUCCCUAAUUUCAUGUAUAUACCAUGAUUUUAUUUAUUAUUAAACACCUUGGGUCAUUUAAAAUGGAAUAAAACCUGACAAAAGCAAAGCUGGGGUUCUGCAGGCCAGCAGACAGGCAGACUUCUAAUGAGGUUUGAACCAGAUUAAAAAAAAAAACAAAAAAAAACAAGAAAGCAAAUAAAAAUCCACAACUUUAUUUAUAUACCUUGGACUUUCUACCUAUAGGUGCUACAGUCCAGUCUCUUGUGUGUCUGGUGCUCUGUCAUGUUUGGUGUGUUCAUUUUUAGAUUUUUUUUCCCUCUUUUCACCCCAGCUCCCCUUUUUCCUGUUUUGUACAGAUUUUAGAGACAUACACUUCAAUACAACUUUAUUUUCUCAGUGGUCUUUUCCCCCCCACCGCUUUUUUUUGUUUUGAUAAAACAGUGGGGGUUUUAUCCUUUUCUAAUCCAAUUUUAAGAAAACACGAGUUCUACAAUAUAUCAAAUUUGUAAUCUGAGGGGCAGAAGUUUUAUUGUAAAUUCUUUUUAUUAUAAAGAAAAAAAAUAGAAUUGAACAGAAAGUUCUGCCUUCCCAUCUCCAGCACCAGCCCCUAAAACUGGAUUUUUCUUUUCCAUUAACAAUGGAGUUCAGUUCUGAUUUUUUUUUAAGUUCUGACUUUACAAAACCUUCCCCCAGACAGAUCCCUGGUAAUAAAUUUUCAGAAUUUACUCUGAGGAAAUGUAAUAUUCACCUAAUUAAGAGCUUGGGGGUUUUUUUAAUGGGGUUGGGUUUUACCUGUGUUUCUCCUGUUGCCUGCAACUUGAAUGAUGAAAACCAAGAAAUAUUUUAAGGAAUAAUUGCAACCAAUUCACUGCCAUGGCAUUUGGAUCAACAAACUCCCAGUUUUCCCUUUUCCUGCGUGCUUGACCCUCACCUGUGGUGGUGGCUUCAUUGGGGAGGACAAAAUUGGAGGCAACAGCAUCACUGCCACAAAAAUCUGGGAAUUUCAGCUCUGUCCCCAUCCAUCAGGAGCAGCCUCUGGAGCACACAGACAUCCCUCAAGGCUGUGCCACCAAAAUUCAUUGGGAAAGUUGGAGCCAGAGGGUCGAGAACCAACCAAGCAGUGAUGGGAAAAGCCUGGCCUGAGGCUGGCUCAGCUCUGGAGGAGAAAUCCAGCCCAGCCUGGGGAUUCCCAACCUGCCAAGGCCACCAGGGAUGAAUGAACCUCCUGCACACCUUUGUUCCACCAGCUGCAACUUGGGCUUCCACUUACUGGGAAAACUUUGCAUGGGGGAAGUGAGAUGUUCCCAGCAAAAUGGAGCAAGGAGAAAUCCAUUUUGGCACGACCAAGGGAAGGAAUUGGUGACUCCUCACUUCCAAAUGGUUUCCUCACAAUUUUCCAUUCCUACUGCUCGUUAUCCACCACGUCCAUGGGGGUGCCUCUUGUCCAUCCCGAGCUUCUCCAGGAAAGAAAAGAUGUUUCCAGUCCAGAGUAAGUAGCAGCAGUCCUAAAUGAGUUGGGAACUGACCCUACAGAGCAUUUAUUUAACUGGGUUUUAUUGCAUGACACGUCAGUCCAGAUGUCACAAAAUAACUUGGAAACGAUCAAACACACAACGUUUGAAAGAACAUUUUUAAACUUAAGAAUAAAAAAAAAUUAAAAAAAAAAAAAUUAAAAUUUUUAUGGUAGAAUUUUUCUUGAAUGAACAAAGUUUAACUUUGUUUUCCAGGGGAAACUUCACUGAAAUCAGUAUGAUUUCAUAUGUAUGCAUACACACAGAGUUUUAUUGAAACUGCUUUUUUCGGAUGAAUUCCUGUUUUGACAAAAAAAAAAUCUCUGACCAGACCUUUCUCAAUCAACCAGCAUUACUGCACCUUUGAAAAAAACUUUGUGAACCUUUUCUCUGAUUGUAAACUCAGCCUGUCUCGUGGCUCAGUGGGACCAGAGGGACAUCCCCACCCCAGCGACCGAAGGAAUCUCUCAGCACAACAAAAUCAUUUCAAUUCUUGUACUGAUGUGGUUUGAACCUUGCCUAGCCCGGGGUUGGUGAGUGUGGGAGUGAUGGAUCAGGGCUGUGUCACUGCUGGGAGGGUGGUGACCCCCAGACACACACAGAAUCAUUUCUGUGUGUGGAAAUCACAGCUGAGUUCCUCCUGAGCUCCCUUCCCUGUUCUCUCUGUGCUAGAAGCAGACUGCAGUUACCUAAUCCAGUUCUUUCUCUGCUUUGGGGACUUUUAGACCAGUUUUUCAUUUUGUUUUUUUUCCUUGUUUUGAAAGGAAUGAUGUUUUUUUAAAGCUGGGGUUGGAGCUGAGGGGAAGGGAUGGGGGCAUGACAAACCACAACGUUUUUAGUACUGGAUUUUAAAUUCUCAGUCUCUCCUCAACCCUGAGCAGUUACCACUAGGGCUAACUGUGGGCAGGCUCUGCAUCAGUAAAGAGAAAUUUAGGAUUCCUUACACAGCAGCAUUAUCUUGCUUGAGCUGCAUUUUGUAAAGAAAAUGGUAUUUGCAUAUCUUUUUAAAAUGUCAUUUUUAAAAAAUAAAUUAAACCACCAGCUAGGAUUUGACACAGGCCACUUAGAACACAGCCCUGAUACUGGCAUAACCAAUCCAGAAAGAUUUGUUGUUGUAUUUUUUUGUUUUAUUAUUUUGGGGUUUUUUUAAUAUUUAAAAGAAAAAAAGAAAUUGUUACUUUUCUGUAUGAUGUGCAUGCAAAUUUACCGUAACUCUUUUUCUUAAAACUUUUUAGUGCCAUUUCUAGUAUAUUCCUGUAAAUGUCAGUUAUUGAAAAGAAAUGAGUCAAUGUAAGUAGUUUAGCUUGUUUAUUGCAAAUUGCUGGCCUCAAACAAAACAGAAUUAAAAAAAAAAAAGAGUUAGAAAGUAAUCUUUGAUGUUACUGGUAAUCACGGACCCUGGUCCUGGGGCAUUCGUUUUGUUUUCAUAAUAAAAAGAAAAAUUGU